AUGUAAUAAAUAGAAAAUAUUAUAUGUUACUUCAGAUCAAUGACUUCACAGAUAGCAAAAAUGAAAAUCGGAUAAAAGAAAUUUUAUUUUCUUACUUUUCUGAAAAUUAAAUGGCUUGCUUUUUGUAGAAAUUAUAUUCUACUAGAAAGUAUGUAUAUAAUCUAUGCUUUCUUGAUGUUACUGCUGUAUGUCGUAAAAAAUACAAACAAAUUAACAAAUAAUGACAGUUCAAAAAAAAGCAAGGUCAAUAUUUGCUAACAAAAGCAUCUACAUGAUGCCACGAUAUUUGUGAGAAUAGUGAGACGAUUAUCAUAAGUCUUUGUACAUACAUUCAUUUAAAUGAUCAAUAAGAAAAUUGAAUUAAGUUUACACUAGUAUUUUUAUAAUUAAGGCAGAUAAAUAGAUAGAUACUAAGAAACAUAUGCAAAUCAAAUAAAUUUUGUUGUUUGA